UUUUUAAUUAAAUUUAAUUUGAUGCAGUCGCAUACUAGCGAAUACAUAUGUAGCUUAUUGGAGGGUGCGUGUGAUGCAUUUAAAAUUGAACGAUGUAAGUGGAGAUCACUUACAACUGAUAAUGCUAACAAUAUGAAAGCAGCCUCAAAUUUAUUCUUGGGGAAAGGCAGGCAUGUUUCUUGCUUUGCUCACACCAUUCAUUUGGUAGUCGACAACGUCGUGAAAGAGAUAUCAUCUUUCUCUAACGUUUUGGACAAGGUGAAAAAAAUAGUUACCCACUUUAAGCACAGCCCUGCAGCAAUGGACAUGCUGCGUAAGCUGCAGAAAGAUGAAGGAGUAUCAGAAGGUCGGAUAAGGACACUUGUGCAAAGUGUUGACACAAGGUGGAAUUCCUGUCUCGACAUGCUUAUUUCCUUUUUAAGUUUGUCAAAUAAAGUGGCAAUAGUCCUUAUAAAUAGAGCAAGUUCAGUAAAAGGAUUGCCAGAUAUGCUUACGUCCAACGAAAUUUAUCUUUGCCAAGACUUUUGCGAUUUUCUAAAGCCAUUUAAGGAAGCCACGGAAAAAAUAAGCGGAGAUAAUUACGUCACCGUGAGCAUGAUAAUUCCACUAAUCGCACUCUUGGUAGAAAAAAUUCGGAACCUAAAUGUAGCAUCAAAUGAAGGCAUUUUAACUAAAGAACUUCUUCUAAAAGUAUCUGAAGAUCGUUUUAAAUCGUUACAAUGUAACAAAAUACUCGCCAAGUCAUCAAUGUUGGACCCACGGUUCAAGAAACUAUACCUCCCGCCUCUCAUAGCUAGCGAAGUGGUCAGGGAUAUCGUUUCAGAAAUUUCCCAAAAAAUCUCUGAAGACUCACUGACGGAGUCUGCGAACCCUUUUAAUGAUGAACACACGCUUUGCGAAUCUGAAGGGUUUCAAGAAGCGCAUCAACGGUCGAUAGCAUUGCGUCAAACAACGAGGGAAGUUCCCCAAAAUCAGGAGCUGAGUCUGUUUUUAAGCCUCCCAUUCGCUUCCUGGGAGAGUGAUCCAAUUACAUUUUGGACCUCCCAAAAGGAAACGUUUCCAGUGCUAGCGGAAUUGGCAAUAGGCUACCUAAUAACGCCAGGUAGCUCUGUGGCAUCCGAGAGGCUGGCCUCUGCAAUUAAAUGCGUGGUUGCUGACACACGCAGCCGCAUGACAGAUACGCAUGUAACGCAAAGAGUUUUUUUAAAAUCUCUUAAAAAAGAAUUCUGGACAUAAAAUUUUUUUAGUUUUAGUUAGUUUAGUUACUUUUUAUUUGGUUUCUUAGUUUUAUAUUAUUAAGAUUAUUUAAUGAAUUGGUUAAUUUUUUGUUUUCCAAACAGAUAUAAAAAAUGUUAAUACUAUGUAUGCUAUAUAUAUAACUACUAUACUAUAUAUAUAAAAACUUA